CCUUAGUUGAGUGUAAGCUGUGAUAGUGAAGUUGUUAGAAUUAAGUAUGCCUUGGACCACUUUGGUGUGUGUUACGGUUUUGUUUAGUGUCAUCUGUGGCAAUCGCUUGAUGGAUAAUCAUUUCAUGCGCUCCUCAUCCACCUCUUUGACACAUGACCGGCCCUAUAAACUCUCUCAAAAAGAUGAAUUUCUCAACAUCAUGCCCUCUAAAUUGAAAGAAGAUCCCGAAAAUCCCUCCAGCUUGGAAGAAUUGUUCUAUGAUAAAUCCGCCCAGCUGUUGCCAAGGCGUAUUUGUAAAGAAAAAUGGUUUGAUUUUUUGAGCCCACAACAAACCUAUGUGAAUUGUGAAAAACUUGCCAAGAAACUUGUUGCAGCAGACGAGGAACGUAAUGUGGAAGUUAUGAAUCCUUUCCAGCAAUUGCAGUUAUAUGGAGAUACAAAAUCUCAAAAAGAUCAAGAUGAGGAUUUGGAAAGUGAUGGCGAUGAAUCUGAAGAAAUGUUAGCACCUGCCAUUUCUGUUUUACCUAUAGCAAAAUUUAAGGAUUUCUACCAUGAUUUGGUGGUGGACUCAGAAAAGGAGGGUAUCCGAAAAAGAAAUGGCAAUGCUAUAGGCACACCUCUUGGUACCCCACCCACAAGGGGAUGUGAUUGUAAAGUAAAGAACGAUCUGGUGGAUUUGGGACAACAACAUUUUCCCCGCUAUCUACUCAAUGCUGUUUGUCAAGCAAAUGAUUUAGGAUCCAAAUGUUGGAGUGGUUCCCUUUGUCGCCCAUUAGAAUACAAAGUUAAAGUGUUGACCUUUCGACCAACAACAAAGGAUAAUACGCAACAAAAGGAUUUGACGCUGGCAUGGUUACCCGAUGAUCUAAGGCAAAUAUGGAAAUUUAAAACUGUCACAGUAACGGCAGGAUGUUUUUGCUCAUAGAGAGAGAGAGAGAGGGAGAGAGAGUAAAAUUGAGGGGAACAAAACUAAACAAGCUUACAAAGUGGUUAAUUAUAGAAAAUAUUAUUUGUAUUGUUACUACAGAUUUUAAAAAUGUUAAGCGAAAAUCAUCUACACUUGAAUGUAUGUAU